UUUCAUACUCAUCUUUCCUUUUUACACCUCAAGUCAGAUAAACAAAAACACACACAAAUCAGAGAGAAACAAAAGAGACUCCACAACAGCAAACAAUGAGACCGUUGAGCGUUAAGUCGAGGUUGGAAGGUGUGGCGACGCACGCCACUCCAACAACAUCAGCCUUCGUGAAUGAUCACCACCACGGAGUGGCGCCGCAAUCACCGUGGCACUCGCCUGUUCCUUACUUAUUCGGCGGUCUAGCGGCGAUGCUUGGACUAAUAGCGUUUGCUCUUCUCAUCCUCGCUUGCUCUUACUGGCGCGUGUCUUCCUCCGGCGAGGAAGAUGGUCAGAACGUAGACGAAGAGAAAGAGAGCCGCUCUGGGGGUAAGGCGGCGAGCGGAGCUUACGAGGAGAAGUUUCUCGUCAUAAUGGCCGGAGAAGACUUGCCUAGGUUUAUAGCUACGCCGGCUAUGAAAAAGUGUACGUGCGGUGGUCACGAGGGUAAAAUGGUAAUCUCUCAGGAGGGUAGUGUUGUCACCGAAGAGGACGAGAAGAUUAAAGAAGGUGAAGACAAAGUGAAAGAUACUGGAGAAACAACUACUUCUACUACAAGUCACUAAAGUUUUUUUUUGUUUUUUUGGUUCUACUUAAUUUUACUUCUUUUUUGAGAGUUUUCUGGAUAUUUGUCUUUCUCAUAAGCCAUGAUUCCCAGGAAUGUAAAUUUUACUAGAGAGCAACAAUUUUGGGUUGUUUUACUUGUUCUCUAGUGUAUUAUCGUUUGGUAUAUUAAAUCCUUUAAUUCCAAAUUUUGUUGUUUUGAGGAAA